AUGCACCUGCUGAUGCUCGAUUCUGGUAUUGGUGCAAAUCAGGAGCUUGAUGAGAAAGCAGUGGCUGAGUUCCGAAGGAGGUGGGCAGGGAUGGCGGACUACAUAGACAAGGGGGGAAGCAACAUUGUCGAGGGGAUGUUGGCAAUAGGCAGAAGCGGAGACUACGACCUCAUAAUAGUUGGAAAAGGCCGGCGUCCCUCAAUCAUUGUGGCAGAUCUGGUCGAUCGCCCAGCCAAGCAUGCCGAACUAGGGCCUAUAGGAGAUGUCUUGGCCUCAUCAGGUCAGGGCAUUGUGUCUUCUGUGCUUGUUGUUCAACAACAUGAUAUGGUGUCAUGCAGAGGAGAUCCCACUGACCAAGAUUGUCCAAAGUGA